CCUCCUUUCUCUCCGGGUUUCUCUUCCAAAUUAUUUGAUUAUCCGAUAAUCGCGACGAUCGCGGAGAAAAAGAUCCUUUUAUCGAGUAGUGCCGAUAGAACGCGUAGAAUUUUAUCCCUAUAUGCGGAUAUCGAGUGAAAAUCGAUCGAUAUACGCGCGAAUAGAUCGUGUAACGAUGAUGUGAAAAUGAUCAAGUACGGAAUAUUUCUUCGAAGUUGAAAAAUAUGAAAAAUUCUUUAAGAAUUUGUCAAAGAAUCGACAGAAGAAUUAGCAAUUACUUUUCUAAAUGUGGAAUAUCACCUUGAAACGUCCGUGGUCUUUUCAGACUCGUGCGCGCAUGUGUGUUUGUGUAUAAAAAACUGUUGAUAUAAAAAAGAGAAAUAUAAAGAAAGAAGAAGAAGAGAAGAAAGAAGAAGAAGAAGAAGAAGAAAAGGAAGAAAAAAGUUGAAAAAGUGAUGGUUUUUAUCUUUGAACCGGUGAAAGAGGAGAGGAAAAUCGCUUUCCGAAACGAUGAAAAAGAAAACCGCGUAAAAGCAGGAAGCGUUUUUCUCGUUUCCUUAGGUCGGUUCGCAUGAAUGUUUGAACGAGAAUUCCGAAUAGGUCUUUUCAUGGCGCAGCAGGGCUUCUAAUCUCUGGCCCUCGAUGUCUUCGGAAGAGAAACUAUUUCCGUGCCUUUUUUUCACGCUACUUUUCCCCCCGUUGCUUUGCCCCUAAUUUUAACCUCGCCUUUAAUCGUGCUUACAAUUUUUCCCUUCGACACCCCUUCGACACCAUCUUCUUUGUUAACGCGAGUUUUCUAUUGACACGGUCAAUUUGCCAACGACAAAUGUGCAACAGCGUGACAAAAACUUCGAACCUUCCAUCGGCCGAAAUCUCUUUAUAUGUACACCUAUGUUACCGACCGAUACACCAAUGGAAAUAGUCGGUUACUCAGUUUUAAGAAUGCUUAUCUAGUAUUUUUAUUAGACGACUAGUCUACUCGAACUUUUUGCGCAAAAAUUUUCAUUCGUGUAACAACAUCGAUGAUUAUCAAUGCCAAUAUUGUUGUGAUUAAACGUUGUAUUCAAAUUUUUGAUGUUUUUUUUUUUAUCGUCUCGUGAAAUUUGAAAAAUGACUUGUUACGUUAACGGUCUAAUCUUUAAAAGAUUUUAACUCGAGUGCGCGUGGAAAUUUUAUCGCAGUUUCAAUUAUGAAAGCGAUAAAACGAUAUUUCGGAUGAAAUACUUGUUUCUUCAUCCCGGCUCGAGCAUUGUUUACGAAUACUCGUCGGAAGCGGUGUCCCACGUUCAUAAAUACCUUAUGAAAAACGAGGUUCCCGUUAAUUUGUUCGAGCCGUAUAUCGAGGAGAUUUUUAAUCACUUGAGAGCGGAACCGUUCAAAAAGUUUCUCGAGAGCGAGAAGUACACGCGAUUUUGUCAAUGGAAAAACUUAGAAUUGAACAUGCAGCUGACAAUGAACGACUUCAGUGUACAUCGAAUAAUAGGAAGAGGCGGAUUUGGAGAAGUUUACGGGUGUCGAAAAGCAGACACGGGAAAAAUGUACGCGAUGAAAUGCCUUGACAAAAAACGAAUAAAAAUGAAGCAAGGCGAAACUUUAGCGCUCAACGAAAGGAUAAUGCUUUCGGCAGUCAGUACCGGAGUCGAUUGUCCAUUUAUAGUAUGCAUGACGUACGCCUUCCAAACGCCGGACAAACUGUGUUUCAUUCUGGAUCUGAUGAACGGUGGCGAUCUUCAUUACCAUCUAAGUCAGCACGGAGUGUUCAACGAACGAGAGAUGAAGUUUUACGCGGCAGAAGUGAUAUUGGGAUUGGAACACAUGCACCGUAGAUACAUCGUUUACAGAGACCUGAAGCCGGCCAAUAUCCUUCUGGACGAGCAUGGCCACGUCAGAAUAUCGGAUUUGGGGUUGGCUUGCGAUUUCUCCAAAAAGAAACCGCAUGCAAGCGUAGGAACGCACGGAUAUAUGGCACCGGAAGUGCUUUCGAAAGGUGUAACCUACGAUUCCAGCGCCGAUUGGUUCUCGUUCGGUUGUAUGCUGCAUAAAUUAUUAAAAGGUCAUAGUCCAUUCAGACAACACAAAACUAAAGACAAACAUGAAAUAGAUCACAUGACAUUAACCAAGAACGUAGAGCUGCCAGAAACGUUCUCACGAGAAUUGCGCUCAUUGCUGGAAGGUCUGCUACAACGAGAUAUCAACAACAGACUUGGAUGUCGAGGUGCAGGUGCGGACGAGUUAAAAGAACACCCGUUUUUCAGUGGUAUCGAUUGGCAACAAGUUUAUCUCCAGAAAUACACGCCACCGCUUAUACCACCGCGCGGCGAGGUGAACGCCGCAGAUGCCUUUGAUAUCGGCUCCUUUGACGAGGAAGACACUAAGGGUAUCAAAUUGACGGAUGCGGAUCAAGAACUGUACAAAAAUUUCCCUCUAACCAUCUCGGAGAGAUGGCAAGCUGAGGUAGCCGAAACUGUGUUCGAGACAAUCAAUAACGAAGCGGAUAAGUUGGAAAAUAAGAAAAAAGCUAAACAGAAACAGCGAUUCGACGCGGAUGAAAAAGGAUCUGAUUGCAUUUUACACGGUUAUAUUAAAAAAUUGGGUGGUCCUUUCGCGAGUGCAUGGCAAACGCGUUAUGCAAAACUGUAUCCUAAUAGAUUAGAAUUGCAUCCCGAGUCCACGACAAAGCCUGAACUUGUUUUUCUUGACCAGGUUGAAGAAGUUAGCGCGGAUUUUCAGCACGUGAAAGGGGAACAAUGUAUUGUCGUCCGUAUGAGAGACGCAAAAAUAGUACUUACAAAUCCAGAUGAGAUCAGUUUGAAAGAAUGGGCAUUGUCACUGAGAUCCGCGCAUAAAUGUUCGAUGGAAAUGCUGGGCAGUAUGGCAAAGAAAGCCGGUAAGAUCUACGGGACUGAAAGAGACGCAGUAAUUCCGGCAAUGCAGCGCUCGACGAAUGGCAACUAGCCCCUUGUUAAUACCUGUACAUCGUCAUCAUACUCCAGUCCCACUGCCCCCCAGCAGCAGCAGCAGCAGCAACAACAACUUUUUUUAUACUGAGAAUCAACGCAGGCAGAUCUAGAAGAAAUUCCGACGAUUGAACGAUCGAGUAAUUGGGAGGCGGUUUUUUUCUCCAGUCAGCAUCCCAGAACCAGAAAUAUCCAAGUCUCAAAACAGCUCCAAAGAAAAAACUCCCUUUGAACGGCGGGUAGUGUCACGCUGUAUAGAGACUUUAGGAAGUAGAGUCGUACGAAACGUUACGUCAUUAUAUUUGUACGUUAGCUGUAUGUGCAAUGUGACGUAGGAACUAGCGACUGAACAAUGCCCAUCGACAUUCACGCGAGCACGCGCGCGCGCGACAGAGCACGCGUGUUCAUGCAAGAAUCCACACGAGAUACACAUGCAUGCACGCACACACGUACAUAUAUACACAUGAAAAAAACACGAAAAUGCAAACCGGUAGUGUAUUAUUGUAAUAUCAAAUACGAAAUACGCCCAAAAUCCCGAUUAUACUUCUUCUACACACCCUUCUAUACCGCUCGUUUACUUAAUUUAUUUACCAAUGCAGAACGAUUUUAUAUUGUCGUUUUCGUAAAUGAUACACGCGCGCGAAUUCAUUUAUUUAUUGCGUUUAAGGAUAUAAAAAACAAAAAAGAGAAAAACUCGGACUACAUUGUCGACAACCAAUCGAAACUAGCUGUAAUUAAAAAGAAAAAAGAAAAAAAAAAAGAAAAAAAGAAAAAAAAACGAGGAAACUGUGUAUGUCGAAUGCUGGAUACAGACGAGUUCGCCCCGGCAAUAAAAUUGUACGACGAACGUAGAACUCGUCUACAUUUCUUCAUUCUGCUCAGUCCCAUGUCCAAUGUAGGAAAGUAAGUAAAUUUUAAAUGGAUCGAACUAGCUCGACAUGGAAUAAAAAAACAUUUUUGUCUUUA